GCUCCACGUAGCCGCGCUCUCUCUCUGUCUGUCUAUCUCUCUCGGUGCGACACGGAGGUUGAGCCUGAGCUCACAGUGACCCGACCCCAUUGACUAACCUGAGCGGCGGCAAUGGCUUCAGGAGACGCCGAGGCCCUGGAAGGGAGCAGCGGCUUCAGCAGCGACUCGGAGUCGGAGGGCGAGAGCUCGUUGCUGGAGGAGGAGGACGACGACAACGAUGAGCCCGAGGAGGUUUACUCCGACCUGUCGGAAGACGAGCUGGACGAGGCGGAGGGCGCCGAGCUGCCCGAGUCAGGCCAGGGGCCGGGGGACGAGGCCAAGCUGCCGCCGGAUCUGCAAAAGCACCUGAAGUUUCUCAAAGGAAUGUCCAGCAUUUUAGUCAACAAACUUGCCAAGGCCGAGUGUGCCAGCUUGCUGCAUGAUUCGGUAGAGUCUGAAUUUUUUGUAAUCGAUGGGGAUUCAUUAAUGGUUCAACAUGCACUAAAUAACAACUUUUAUGAAGGGCAGAAUUUGCACUUUUUCUAUUCGGUGGAAGCAUUUUUAUUUGACAUCACUCAAAAAGGAGCAAAAUAUGUCAUUGUGUUCUUCAAGGAUGCUGAGAGUAUGUGGCUUGGGAACUCCUAUCUUCUUUCAUUGCGAAGUGCAUUGAUUCUUCAUCUUAAGAAGAACACCGAGAUCCCAGUGUACACCGAAUUCACAAAUUGCUUUUCGUUAAAAUGGCAAGCCUUUGUGCAGGAAAAUUAUCCAUAUUUCAUAUUGAUCAGUGAUGAAGCAUUCAAGUUAGCUGGCAAUAAGGGCAUGUCCAGCUACUUGUUGAAGAUCUUCAUUUUUCACACACUAGGAAAUAAAAUAAAUGUUGCAAUGACUUCUGGCAUGCAUUCGGAUAUUCGCAGGGUAUAUGGAUACUACAUUAACAGUAAAAUGGUUUUUACAAGAUGCAAAAAGAUCCACAAAGAUUUGGAAUCUGUUCAUCAGGCUAUUGUGUCAUUUCUGUCUCGAAAUCGCACCAAUGGGCUCACUCUUGGAGAUGAUCAAAACGGCUUGAGUGUUGCAAAAGAGGUGCAACAAGACAUUGCUCAGCUGCAGUGUCUGUGUCCAGAUGGGUUGGAUAUAAGAAGUUCUGUUUGCGUUGUUUCUUGUUCAGUGGCACUGAAGUGCCACAUGCACAUGUUGAAAUGCAAAGAAAAUCAUAAUGAAGCUGAAACUGCAAACGCCAAGACCAUGGACGAAAUCUUAACAUUUCAAGAGGCAACUGACUUAUGCCGGAUAUAUUGUGCACAUGUUGCCAUACUAAUUCACUUACCAUUGGUUAAACGGGCACAAAAGAAAAUCGACUUCAAGUGGGUCAAACCAGUUUCAGAUUUUCUACAGUUGCAAUAUGUGAGUCAACAUUUUGUUCUGAAAACCCUUGAAGUCACUGAAAAUUGGAAAGGUGAUAUGGUGCAUUUGUGUGACCUGAAUGAUACCAUACUUUUAGCAAGAGUGGCUCUUUGCAGUGGGAUGGUAGAUAACACAGAAUCCUGUUUUCAGUUUGGAGAAGUAAUUGAAGAAGAAUACAAAAAACUGUGGCAGACUCUGUCCAGUUUGACCCCUGAUUGUGAUCUCGGGAAGGCAUUUCCUUUACAAGCUACUUCAAAGAUGAUGGUGCAAGAACAUGAAAAUGUACUGGCUGAAGGUGCAUUGGAGAUUAUCCCUGAAGUUGGUUUGAUCCCUGUCAACAUUACUAUGGUUGAGGAAUAUGCUGGAAAUAUUUUUAAAGAAUAUCCUACAUUAAGCAGUGACAGUUCAGUGGUUACAGCUCUUUCUGAGAACAAAGAAUUUGAUAACCUCGUAGACUGGUGUCCUGAUAAAGGACUCAGUGAUGAUUACGAGAGGACCCGUUCAUCAGGAUUUGUUGAAAAAACAAAUGAUCCCUGGGUCAGAAAACGAAUGCUUAGAAAUUAUCAGAAGCUCGUCCGUUUCCACAGAUUUUAUGGAUCGACUCUCGAGGGAAACAUAACAAAGAACAUUAUCACCAAUGUGCAAGGGGCUAUCACUGUAGCACCAAAAGCUGCUAGUGUCAUAAGUGGGAAAAGCAAAAAGAUACCUCCCAAGAAGAAAGCUGAUUUAAUUGCAGAAGAAAACACAAGAAAAAAGAAAGAGAAGGAAGAUGUGAAGCAAAGGGACCAAUGGAGUUUAAUUUCGAAAAGCAUUAUGAAAAUGAUUCAAGAGAACUUUGACCAAGGAAUUAAAAAGCUUGACGAGUUUCUGAAAAAAUGCUCGGGUGAUUCUGUGAAGUUGAUUGCAGAAAUGGAUGUUCUGGAAAACAGCUUUAAAAUUUGGGUUGAACAUUGCCAAAUGACAGACAGCACAAAGAAAAACAACGUUAUUGCAGGUCGUGUGAUGAAAAGGAUUCAUACUAUCUUGGAUAAGUAUGAAAAGCAGGUGGAUAAAAGCCAACUGAAACAAAUUGCUUCUUACCUCAAAGAGCUUGGAUUUAAUAAAUUAGCACAAACUCUCCCAGAAAUUGAACAGAAAGCAGCACGUUCUAAAAUUUCCAAGAAAGAGGACAAAUUUACAGUUGGUGUUGAUCCAGUUCGUUUCCAGCUGCAAUUUAUGGGUCCUUACUUGUUGAGAGAUGAGAGAAAUGAUCCAGAUCCCCGGAUUACUCAUUUCAUCCCAGACACCUGGCAGCGUGAGCUUCUAGAUGCAGUGGACAACAAUGAAUCUGCGGUGAUAGUUGCACCAACCUCCUCGGGGAAAACCUAUGCCUCCUAUUAUUGUAUGGAGAAGGUUCUACGUGACAGUGACGAUGGUGUAUUGGUGUAUGUUGCACCAACAAAGGCUCUUGUGAACCAAGUGGUGGCGACUGUUUACAACCGAUUCAGCAAGACUUUACCAGAUGGAAUGGUUGUGUGUGGUGUUCUCACACGUGACUAUCGUCAAGAUGCAUUGAACUGCCAAAUUCUCAUCACAGUUCCUCAGUGUUUAGAAAUGCUCAUGCUUACUGCUCAACGACAAUCUUGGGUGAAGAAACUUAGAUAUGUUAUUUUUGAUGAGGUUCAUUGUAUUGGCCAAGAGAUUGGAGCAGAAGUCUGGGAACAUCUACUGGUGAUGAUUCGGUGUCCAUUCCUGGCCCUCUCUGCAACAAUUGGAAAACCAGAAUCUCUUGCCCACUGGCUUCAGACAGUAAAGAACUACUGGCAACAAAUAGAGAAGACAACUGAAAAUCCUGUAAAAGUUGGUGGCAAAAAGAAGCAACAAAUAAGACAGCCACGGGACCAGAAAUCCUUCAAAGUCAGACUGGUGAUGUAUGGAGAACGAUACAAUGACCUUGAGAAGUAUACAUGCAGUUCAGAUGGUUCGGGCAUUGAGUUUGUUGCUUAUCACCCCUGUGCGGCGUUGACCGUAAGCCAUAUUGAGAAGUAUGGUUUUCCUUCAGACUUGAGUCUCUCUCCACCUGAGAGCCUCAGAUUGUUUGAUACAAUGGCCGAAGUGUGGACAUCUUGGCCCCGGGCACAGGAAUUAAAUCCUGAAGAAUAUAAAGAGUUCAAGGAUAAGAUUGUUAUCAAAAAGAGUGAUGUGAGGAAAUAUGAGGCUGAGUUAAAAGAUGAGUUACUAAACUGGAUUACAUCAGGACACAGCGAUCAGGUUGCAGCCGUGCUGUACAAGUUGAAACCAAGAAAUGUUGUGAAUUCUCCAGCAACCAUGGUAAAGCAAUUUCCCAUGCUCGUCGAAGCGCUACAGAAAGAACGCCAGCUACCAGCUUUGUUUUUCUCAUUUAGCGUUUCUUUAGUAGAACGACUAGCCAAAGAAACUUUUCAGCAUGUCACCAACAAGGAGCAAAUAAAAAGAGGAUCGGAUGAUGCAAAAAAAAGGCUUGAAGUUGAAAACAAGCUUCGCAAAUUAUCAAAGCGUGCUGGGAAAAAACAACCUUCUGAUCCAAAAGAAUCCCAUGUGUCUGACAAUAUGGUUAUGAAAGAAACCGAGCAAGAAAUGUUACACCAGAAACUUCAAGAAUUGAGGAGGAUUCCACCAGACUGCACCUAUGCAGUAGAAAGUGCUGCGGACCGUAAGAUUCUCGAUACAAUCUUUCAACGAUUGCAACAAGCCAAAACAGCAAAUCAGUUGCGCUUUUAUUUGGAGAGAGGCAUUGGAUUUCAUCAUCCUUCAUUAAACAGUAAAGGAAGACAAGCUGUGGAGAUGCUCUUCAGACUUGGAUUUGCCAGGGUUGUAACUGCUACUGGCACUCUUGCGUUGGGAAUUAACAUGCCAUGUAAAACUGUUGUCUUUCUUGAUGAUUCUGUUUCACUGGAUGCACUGCAAUACAGACAGAUGUCUGGCCGAGCUGGAAGACGAGGUUUUGAUGUGAUUGGUAAUGUGAUCUUUUAUUGUGUCCCAUUGCCCAAAGUGCAAAGACUUCUCAAAGCAAGCGUUCCCCAACUUAGGGGUCAGUUUCCUUUGUCGAUUUCCCUUGUGCUUCGUCUUAUGAUGCUGGCUGCUAAAUCGGAUGACAAAAUGGAUGCAGAAGCCAAGGCUUUGUCUCUGCUGCAACAUUCUAUGCUGUGCUACGAUAAGCAGAAGAGACAGAUAACAUUGAAGUUGUACUUUAUGUUCUGCUUACAGUUUCUUCUCAAAGAGAGAUUUUUGGAUUUGAAUGGAGUGCCACACGGAUUUGCAGGUCUGGUGACCCACUUGCAUCAGCAUGAACCAGCCAAUUUUAUCUUUGUCAGUUUCCUUGUGAAAGGUCUGUUUCACAAAAUUUGUAUUCCGACUGACCAAGCAGCACGGAAAGCAGGUGCAGCACGCUUCCCUGAUGAAGUCAUGGAGUCUUUACUUCUAAUAUUGGCAAACAUCUUUGGAAGGAUUUACCUUCCUGCGUGUUCAACUGAAAGGAGCUCUGCCACGUUGCACCAGUCUAAGGUGUUCCUGGACGAUCUUCCAGAAGAAUUUGCAGAAGCAGUGAAUGAAUACAAUAGAAGUAUCCAGGAGAUCUUUGGAUGCUUCUUCCUUUCUGCAUCAAAGCAUGCUGAUAUGUUGGAAGAAUGUCAACUUCCUCUGUCAAAAACAUCCUUCGGUGGUGCUUGGUCUCCCCAGGAAUCCAAUUCUGAAUUCAUAACUCAGUUGACUGGACUUCAAAAUUAUCCCAGAACAGCAGUGUCUCCAUUUGUAACUUUAUCUGGGAUUACUAAUUUGGAUCUGUUCAAGACGACCAAUGUAGACAGCAUUUCUUUGCGUACUAUUGAAGUCCUUUCAAGCAACAUUCCUCUGCUAAGCUUAACAAAGUAUGAUCAGCAUGGCAGGAAGAUGCCACUGAAUGCUUAUGUCAUCGACUUCUACAGACAUGGUUCUCUAAAGCCUUUGUUAACUGACAACAUGUUGCAUUUGGGUGACGCCUACAAUGUCCUCAAUGAAUUCCAACUAACUCUUAGCUCAAUCAGCACGUCUUUCAAGGAACUAUGUGACAACAAAGAAGAUCUUGUUGUUUUGGCCUUUGAACAACUAAAGGAUACAUUUUUCCAGAAAUUUGAAAAGAUAAAGAGUUAAUAUCAAUGCAAUUUAAAACUGCUUUGUUCACAUGCUCUGAGGAUUCUUGCUGCUGAAUGUAGGGGAGUUGAUACAUGAAUAUGUUGUGUAGGGCAUGUGAACAUUUUAGAAAACGUAUAGCUCAGUAAUGUCAACAAUAAAAUAAAACUGAAAAGUAGAUAA